GGUGGAGCAAAUGGAAAUGGACAAGCAGAGUCGCCUUAGAAAUCUCGCAACAUCUGAUUAACGCGCUCGGCUCGGAUCUUUUUCUUUUUGUGCAGUUCCGCCGGCUCCCUAAUUAAGAUUCCCCUUUUCCUCCUCCUCCUUCCCCCCUCUCUCUCCCUCCUCCUCCUCCGCGGCGCGGCGCAAUGAUUUCCGCCCCCCUGCUGCUCCGGUACCGCCCGGGAGCACACUAGCCAGCAGGUAGCAGUACCAGGAGUUGGAGGAGGAGGAGGAGGAGCUCCCGCCGAAUCUGCUCCGGGUGGUCCUACGCACAGCGCCACCUGCCGUAUCGACGACCGGUUUCGGCCUCGGCCGGGGGUCGUCGGCGCGGCGGGCGGGAUGUUCAAGCUCCACCGCCACCGCUCCUCGGACCGGAGCGUCGGCGAGCGCUUCGAGUUCAGGUUCUCCAGCUUCCGCGCCGUCAUGGUCCCUGCAGUAUCGGACAGGAUGUUCCUUUCGAUAGUCUCCGUGGAUACCGGGAAAACCAUCGCCAAAUCCAGUAAAGCGGCUGCCCGCAGUGGAAUCUGCCAAUGGCCCGAUUCCAUAUCAGAACCGAUAUGGUUUUCUCGAGACGCAGUGUCAAAAGAGUUUGAUGAGUGCCAAUACAAGAUUGUUGUUUCUGUGGGAUCAAUAAGAACUGGUAUUCUUGGCGAAAUUUUCCUAAACCUGUCCAACUUUCUGAAUUUGGCGGACCCAACUGCUAUCUCUAUGCCGUUGAAGAGAUGCAACUCGGGAACAGUUUUGCAGCUUAAAGUUCAAUCUCUUGGCACAAAGCCUAAGUUGGGUGGUGUGAGAUCUUCAAGGGACAUGCCUCCUCGUAUCAGUGACCAUUGUCUAAUAAAUGACGACAUGGAUAACAAAUCAGAUGGCUCUGAUAAUACGGCCAACAGGAGUGUCCGUUCUUCGUCAGGAACUCCUUUAGGGGGCACUUAUCAAGAUGAACCUGGAAACAGGGAAAUGAGUUUCUCAGCUUCAGGGUCUCACCGGAGCUCCAAUUCUGGAGAUAGUACCCAAGAUAGAACAAAUUUGUCUCCGAUAGACAACACUAAUGGUGGAUUGUAUGUCGGAAGGCAGGAUUCAGGUAGUUCCUAUGUUAGCGCUGGCCGUGGUGAUGAAGGAUUGAGAUCAAACAAUUCAUCUUUCAGUUCCCGGGCUUCAGGUCCAAACACGCUGCAAGGAAAUACUCCAAAAUCCUUUUCAAAUGGGAUUGCUCAGUCAUCUUUGGGGACAACUGAUUCAUCUAAAGAUCUUCUUGAAGCUGCUGAAGAAACAAUUGAAGAACUCCGUGAUGAGGCAAAAAUGUGGGAACGACAUUCUCGCAAAUUGAAGGCUGAUCUAGAGGCGCUGAAGAGGGAAUGCUCUGAGAAAUCAAAGCAACAGACUGAGCUAGCACUUGAACUGUCUGCUGCACAUGCUGAGCGGGAUUCGUACAGACAUGAAAUUGAAGAAUUGAAGUCAUCACGGCAAGAGUCAUCUCGGCAAGAGUCAUUUCGGCCAGAGUUAAGCAGACGACAAAUAAAAUCUGUAACCCCCAAACGUGGGGACUGGAUCAACAUGGAGAAGGAAGUAGAAGACGAGAUGAAGUUUCUGAAAGAAUCAAAUGCAACCUUACAGGUACAGCUGAAGAGCACUCAAGAGGCAAAUAUAGAGCUUGUUUCUAUUCUUCAGGAACUGGAAGAGACCAUAGAAGAACAGAGAGCGGAGAUAUCUAAAAUUUCUGAGGCCAAGGAUGUCACUAAUACAGAUGUAUUGAAGAAUGGGUUGUUAGUCAAAGAAGACACAGAAUGGGCUAGGAAACUGUCAAUGAAAGAAGAUGAAAUUAAUACUUUGAGGCAGAAACUAGAUCGCCUUCUCAGUAUUGAAAAUGCAGGUGCCGCAGGUUCUGAUACCGUUUAUCUUGAAUUGGAGAAAGAAAAUGAAACUCUAAGGGUAAAAAUACAAGAACUUGAGAAAGAUUGUUCUGAACUAACAGAUGAAAAUCUGGAGCUUAUAUAUAAGCUGAAAGAAAGCAGUGUGGGGAAAGGGCAGGAUUCUCGUGUUUCAAACAACAGUGAAUUGCAAAUUGAAAAGCUUACAUCACAAAUAUAUGAACUGGAAGAGGAACUUAGAAAUAAGGAAAUGAUGCAUGACGGCAGUUUUACCGAGUCAUCAGUGUCUAAUGCCAAAGAGUUACAGAGGAAGUGUGCUGACCUUGAGCUGAAGCUGCUACGUUUUAGGUCUCAAGGCUUUGAGCUAGAAGAGAAGUUCCGAAAAAGCCAAGAAGAACUAGAACAAAAAAAUCUUGAGUUAUCUAAGCUGAGAGAGGAGCUUGAAGGCUUGGAAGGUGGUGAAACUGGUGGUGCGAGAGGAUACCAAUUUAGAGAAGAUCUAGAGGACAAUGAAUCUGAGACAGAUAUACUGAAGACUAGAGUCCAGCUACAACAGCAGGAAAAUGAUGACUUGCGGCGCUACAAAGUCGAAACGGAAAAUUUGAUGUCUGAAAUUCAGGCAGAGAAGAGUCUGUUAGAGGAACGCUUGGCAGCAUCAGUUAAAGAAAGUAGCAUCACUUCCAAAUGCUUGGAUGAAUUGCAACAAGACAUUUUGGUGCUUUCUAGCAGCAUAGAUUCCCAUGUGUCUGCUAAUAAGGUUCUUGAAAGAAAGAUAAAUGAACUCGAGAGCUGCAAAGCAGAACUAGAGUUACAUAUAUCAGAGCUUGAACAGGAAAAUAUAGAGUUAUCAGAACGCAUAUCUGGACUGGAAGCCCAAUUAUCUUACAUUACAAAUGAAAAGGAGUCAAGUGAGCUGCAGAUGCACGACUCAAAAUCCCUUGUCAUCAGUCUCAAAGAUAAAGUAGAGCGACAACAAGUAGAGAUGGAUACUCAAAGGGUUGAGUUUAAACAAAAACAGCAAGAAACGCAAAGAAAACUGUCGGAAGCACAGGACGAUUCAGAAGUUCUGAGAAGAUCUAAUUCUAAUCUGCAAUCUACAGUUGAGAACCUUAUUGAAGAGUGCAGUUCCCUUCAAAAUCUGACUGCAGAUCUCAAGAAGCAGAAGUUGGAAUUGCAUGGCCGUUUUAUGCAACAAGAGCAGGAAUUGGAUAACUCUAAAAAAAGGAUCCUUGAUUUUUGUAAAACAGUUGAGUUCCUAGAAGCAAAGCUUUCUUCUCUUCAGAAGGACAUAUCUUCCAAAGAGCAAUCAUUGCUGUCAGAACUGGAGAGUAUAUUCCAGGAGCACACAGAGCAAGAAGAAAAGAUAAACCGUGCUCAUUUCAUGUUAAAUAAGAUCGAGAAAGAAAAGACUCUUGAGGUAGAGAAUCUUGAGAGGGAGGUCGUGAGCCUCACUGCACAGGUCUCCUCCACACACGAGGAGAGAGAAAAUGCCACAGUAGAUGCCAUCCGGGAGGUCUCUGUCCUGCGAGCUGAAAAGGCCAAACUUGAGGCUAAUUUCGAAAAUGUCAGUGCGCAGUUGAGACAUUAUGAGUCUCAACUGGAGGACCUUCGCAAGGAGUCCAAAAGCAAGAUUAAAGGUUUGGUUGAUUCUCUUAAUGCAUCCAAACAGAGCGAGGAAAUGUUGACAGCAGAUGCAGAACAUAUGAAGAAGUUGAUGGAAACUGCUAAAUCCAAUGAAGACGAGUUACGGAAGUCUUCUGGUGAACUAGAGUUAAAGCUUAAAGCCAGUGACUAUGAGAGACAGCAAAUGAUGGAAGAAAUAUCUGACCUGAAACUUCAGGUCCAGAAAAUAACAAGUCUUCAAGAUGAAGUUUCCAAACUUAGAAGCUCCCUUGACGAGGCUAAGUUUGAAAAGGGAAAAUUAAAGGCGCUGCUAGAGUCUGUGACUGAGGAAUGUGAAGAACUGAAGGCACAGAAAGCGAUGCUAACAGAUAAAGUUUCUGAGAUGCAAGAGACUUUGGACAAUGGUGAAGAAGAAAAACGAAGCAGAAUAUCUAUGCAAGCAAAGCUUGUGAGAUUGGAGAGUGAUCGAUCAGCAUCGGAAGCAUCACAUGUACAUGAAGCAGAGUUAAAGAACGAACUUAGUAGGAUCAGAAGAUCAAAUAGCGAAUACCAGAGGAAGAUACAAUCCCUUGAGCAGGAAAUUGAGGAUCUCACUAGAAAGCAGGAGAUUGGAGAUUCUACAGAUAUUCAGUCAAAGAUUCAAAUACUGGAAACUAAGCUUGCAGAGGCUUUGGAGGAAAAUAGGACGUACAGGGCUCAACAAAAGAGUCCCAUUGCCGAGGAGCAAUCUGCUGGUGGGGACAGGAUUUUGCAGCUGGAAGGAGAUCUAAGAGAUAUGAAGGAGCGGUUACUCAAUAUGAGCUUAGAGUAUGCAGAAGUAGAGGCCCAGCGGGAACGAUUAGUGAUGGAGCUGAAAUCUGUCAAGAAAGGGGGGCGAUGGUUCUAACAUGAUGGAGACCUUUUGCCUGCCAUAAACAUAAGACUGACAACACAGAUGACCCGUCAUCAAUCAGCGUCAUGUCUGCGCCAUGACAAUACAAGCCAUGACAAUAGGACUGAUGUCAGAUUCUCAUGAUGUGAGAACAAGCAAAUGCAGAACCACAGGUCAUGUGCCACACUCACUAGUUGGUACCGGUGGAUUGCGAGUCUGACUAUUUCCCGGAAGAAAAGAAAAGGUCACUUUCAAGAGAUGGUCUCCCUGAAGAGGCAAAUAUUGUGAGGGACCAUUUCCUGGAAGAAAAAGCCACCUCACCUGUAAGCCUCACUAUGAUAAUUCCGAUUUAACCAAUCAAUUAUGCGAUGCCAUGUGUUUCUUCAUCCAGUAUACCAGUUUCUCAGUUGAUCGGGAGGGUGAACGUUAUUUGUUCAUAUGGUUACUCAGAUCACCCACCAUUUACAUGGGUAUUUACAUGAUUACAUGCAAAGUUCACUUUAACUGUUGAUAAAUGUUGUUCUUCGUCUUGUUUGUGGAACCAACAUGGAAGAGUUUAAGCUAGUAGUACAAUAGCUAUACUCUUACAUUAUUGUAAUUCAAUUUGUAAAAUAUGAAGGUGUCAACUGCUUAAUUAUUUUCAUUUUCAUCGCAAA